CUGUGCUACUUUUCCUCUCUCCAGCAGAUUUCAGGUUCCAACUCCGGAGUUGGGAACCCUGCCAGAGCACUCCCCGAGAUGAAGAAACAAAACCUAAAACACAUUCAAACCAUUUCUGCGUAAACCGAGAGUGUCUGCCAAACUUUCACUUUCCGAGGAAGUGUGAUAAGAGAGAGCUUCGUUGUGCUGCUUUUUUACUUCACACCGAUCUAGUCUCGUGAAAAGGAUAAGAAGGAACGGCAUGAGCAGGUUUUUCCCGGGCACACAUCCCAACACCAGGAGCGUGACCACACCUCUUUUUCAGCAUGUAGGCAGAGGUUUAGGGAGAAAGACCAGCCCUUAAACGCUUCCUUCUACAUCAGCCCGCUUCUGCUUCAAACAUCCUCUCUCUCACAAACACACACACACACACACACACACACACACAGUUCAAAACUCUUAGCCCUCGGAGGACUUCUUUGAUCGUCGUCGCUUGUUUAUCAGGAUGGGUGCCUCCAAGUCAUCACACACCGUGCGUAACAUUGUCAUCGCUUUGCUGGCACUGUGGUCCAUCAUUUCUCUCAUCAUCAUAGUGGUGUGGGCCACCUCACCUGAACUGAAGGACGCCACCGAGUGCAACAGAAAACUCAAGGCCCUCAAGGAUGAUCUCGCCAGAGAAAAAAGCGUAUGGAGCAAGGACAGGCACGCACUGGAGGAGCUGGUGAGGCAGGAACGCAUCAACCAGAGCCUCUUGUUGACUCACAUAGUCCAGCUGAAAGAACAACUAAAAGCCCUCAAUCAGUCUCUGGACUCCUGCAUGCAGGAAAAUGUCCUGCUGAAUGACAACAUCACUGCUCUGAAGGAUGAGAUCGAUCUGCACAAAGCCAUCGAAGCGAACCUCACUGUGAAUAUUACACUUCAGCAAGACAUGAUUGAGCUCCUGAAGCAUAAUCUGUCCCAGGCGGGCAUCGAGCUGGAGACGUGCUCGAAUUUGCAUAAGGCCGCUGAGAAUCUUCAGACUGCAGCUGAGAUGCAGAAGCAGAGUUGCCAGUCCAGCAUGCAGUAUAUAAAGAAGCAACUAGAAAAGUGCAAAAGUCCUCCUCAAUUGAACCCGGAAAUGAUGGACCUCCUGGACCCAGAAACGGGAUUUUCCUGGUUGGGGUUUUGUGCAUCAGCUUUCUUUUAAUACCGUAGCGGAUCUAAAAUGAGAGAGAGAGAGAGAGAGAGAGAGAGAGAGAGAGAGAGAGAUUCGGAUACAUAUUUCAGUACAACACUGUUUCUAGACACCCGUAUGACUUGUGACGUUCAUCUGGACUCCAAGCACAUGCUACUUUUGUAUGGAAAAGCGCCACUGUAAAACACACACGAAUGUUCAGUUCCUGUAAGAGUUAAUUACCUUCAAAAAGAAUAUAAUAAUAAUAAUUAUAAUGCUAAUAAUAAUAUAGGGUUUCUAAUUCCAGUAAUUGUUUUUUGAGCUUAAAAUAAAAUACAGACUGAAUUUCUGGGUUUAUAUUUUUAUCAGAGACGUGUCUCUAUUCAGUAAAAUUUAUAUCUGUUUAUUUCAACCAUAUUAUCCUGCUGUGUUACGGAUUGUCAGGUAUAAAUUAUUGCAUUAGGACAAAACAAGAUCAAUCACGAGCUACGUAAUCUACUAUAUUCAUUAUUAAUUUACAUAAAAAAAUUAGCAUAUCUACAGUAAUUAAAAUAAAAAAGUGACCAGGCCUUAAAUUCUAGACUUUUUGGGUGCAUUUUUAAUUAAAUGCAGCCAUAAAUAUUUAUAUAUAAAAAAUAAAAAGUAAAAUACUUUUAUAUGUUUAUAUAAAAUAUCACUAUAUAUAUAUACAUACAGUAUAUCGUUAUAUAUAUUAAAUUACUUCUUUUCAUUUACUUCUUUAUUUUACUAAAAAGAAACUGGGCUUCCUGCUGUAAAGUUGCCCGAAGCAGAUGAACUUAAACUCAGCUCUUAAUGAAAAAAGACAAUAUAAUAUAAUAAUAGAAAGAACAAUUUUGCUGUUCAUUCAAGCAAAUUCCACUCCAGACCUUUUCAUGCAAAAUAAUGCAGAAUUUAUGAGAAAAGUGUCUCCACAUGUUUUCCUUUAACUUUUUUUGUACACUGGCAUCAUUUAAUAUAUAAAUAUAUAAAGAAAAAGCAUUAUGAAAUUGCAUUAAACUAAUUUAUGAAAUCAUUUAGAAGAACACAAUUAGAAUGUGUGUGUGUGUGUGUGUACGACACCCAGGCCAGACUUGAGCUAGAAAUGUUUUUCCUUGGUAUAUUUUGCUGUAAUUGAAUUCCUUCUCCUGCCUCGAGGCUGCAGACGGAGAGUAUCUCGGACUAUAUUUGGCCUGGUUUACAUUGGGAUGUGGAUUUACUUUAGCGGUAGUGUCGUUACGCAGCAGCAGCUCGGUGAGAUUCGGGGUUUGUACUUGACGUCGUGCUGUUUUACUGAAAAUCACCUGCACAAAAGAUGUAAAAUAAAUGUCUAAAGUUUGGAAUCUCCUUUUCCACUAUUCCUGAAACUAAACAAUGUAGUUAAAAUCGGACAUUACCCAGAAGCCAGUUGGGAUCUGACUCAAAUUAGCCAACACGUGAUACGGCUUAGUAACUGUUGUUAGGAGGAGCACAAAUACACAGGAGUGAGAAGCCUGAGAGUGCUGGAAGUUCUGAGUGUACUGGAAAUAAUGUGGAAAUAAAAAAACUUUAAAAAAACCA